AUGGCCAGGUACGUUUUCUUAUCUGACACUGUUGAGCUGUUGAGGCGGAACCACUACCCAGCGGCGCUACGACAUCGGCUGUUGAAUGGCAACAUCCGAAACACCGAACGAAACACGAGAAAUUCGUCCGACGAUGGAGGCACGGUUGUGUACAAACCGAUGCUGUUUGUGAAUGACCUGACACAACGGCUGAGUAAGGCAUUAAAAGCGGCCUUCCCCAACAUAACACUAGCGUCAAGAUACGGGAACACCGCCAGCAGAAUUUUCACCAACAUGAAAGACACUAUACCUCCAGAGAUGCGACAUAACGUGAUCUACAGGAUUCCCUGCAACGAUUGCGAAGCCAGCUAUGUCGGGUUAACCACAACCCAACUGAAAAAACGCAUAAGCAGCCACCGAUCAACAAUCAAUGAAAUAGAAAGACUCCGCGGCAAAAACGAUGACGAUCCCAGCACACAAUUCGAUCUCGAACGACUUAAAGAGAAGACGGCACUCCUUUACCACAGUAUCGAAGCAAAUCAUAACUUCAACCUAGAAAAAACAAAAAUUAUCGAUCAGCACACACGAAAAUUAGCUCUCCCGAUUUUAGAAGUCUGUCAUAUUGUUAACACCAAACAUGCAGUCAACAAACGGUCCGAUGUUGACAAUCUCAGCUCCAUUCCACACUUUUUCGCUCCAUUUUGAAUCGAAUUUGAGUUAGCGGUUGAAAGAGAAGUGAAGAAAGUUUGUGGCAGAGUUUAUUUGUUAAGUUUAAAUUAGAGCGGGUUUGAAUAUUGACACAAUAGUAGCUAGUAAAUAGGACAGGAAUGCUG